CUCCUCCUCCUCCUCUUCCUCUCCGGGUUAUUGUCACUGACAGUCGGAUUAUUCCUUCACAGCCCUAGUCUGCCCCCUGGCCUCCUCCUCCUCCUCUUCGUCCGGCGAUGCGGCCACCAACUAAGGGUUUAUAAUUUCUCCGUGCACGCUCCGUCCCUGGUCGCUCCUUCCCCGCACGAGUUGAAAGAGAAACAGGAGCAAGGAUAAAACCCACCCCCGACACCGGCUCCUCCAGCAGCGCCCCGCCAUCCGCCCCUGGGCCCAACCUCCCCUCGCCCUUCUCACAGCUCCAGGCGCUCCAGGGGUUCCUCACCGGGUUCUCCAAAGGGCUCUCUGUGGUGUUCCGGAAGGAUCCUUAACGCCUCGGGGCCUCAGACCUUCAUGCGUCUCCCAGCGGCAGAGUCCACCCACACCUCCACCCACCUCACCACCACCACUACCAUGAGCUGUGAACAGGAGUUUGGAGAAGGAGCCAUGGGAGUCACGCUCACACUGCGCCUCCUCAUGCACGGAAAGGAAGUAGGAAGCAUUAUUGGCAAGAAAGGGGAAACGGUGAAGAGAAUACGAGAGGAGAGCAGCGCCAGGAUCAACAUCUCAGAGGGCUCCUGUCCAGAGAGGAUCAUCACCAUCACUGGGCCGACAGACUGCGUGUUCAGGGCCUUCACCAUGAUCACGUUCAAACUGGAGGAGGACCUGACAGCCUUGGUGGCCAGCGGCACUGUGACCAGCAAGCCUCCAGUCACCAUGCGGUUGGUGAUCCCGGCCAGCCAGUGCGGCUCCCUUAUCGGCAAAGGCGGGUCUAAGAUCAAGGAGAUCAGAGAGACAACAGGUGCACAGGUGCAGGUGGCAGGUGACCUCCUCCCCAACUCCACAGAGAGAGAGGUUACGAUAUCAGGGAGCCAGGACGCCAUCAUCCAGUGUGUUAAACUCAUCUGCACUGUAAUCCUAGAGUCUCCGCCAAAGGGAGCGACUGUUCCAUACCGACCCAGCCCAACCCCGGGGACUGUGCUGCUGGCAGGAAACCAGGUGUUCGAGGCUUCAGACUUUGGCUCUCACCCCCUGUUCUCAGUGGCACAGGGAGGAGUGGACCUGCAGCAAACAUACGCAGUACAGAGCCACUACGGCAUUCCACAUUCAGAGUUGGCAAAGUUGCACCAGCUGUCGAUGCAGCAGCAGGGCCUGGCCCCGAUCAGCCAGCCAGCCACGUCGGUUCUACCUGGAGCGGUGGACGCCACCUCCCAGACCACAUCUCAGGAGCUCCUCAUUCCAAACGAUCUGAUUGGCUCAAUCAUCGGUCGCCAGGGCACCAAGAUCAGUGAGAUCCGGCAGGUAUCAGGGGCUCAGAUCAAGAUCGGCAGUCAGAUAGACAGCACGAGUGACCGUCACGUCACCAUCACCGGCACGCCGAUAGCCAUCAACCUGGCUCAGUACCUAAUCACCUCAUGUUUAGAGACCGCCAAAUCCACCGCCCAGUCCUCCUCCAUGCCGUCUCCCGUUGAACUGACCAUGAGCUUCACCCAGCCCGCUCCCCCUGCCUCCGCCUCGUCCUCCUCUUCCUCCCCCCUGGCAGCGAUGGGCACUGCACUGCCCCAUGCUCCCAUUCUGGGCACUCCCUAUGCCCUCCCCCUCUCCAGCUUCCUGGGAGUGAAAUCCAUCCCCUACCUGGCACUCUCCACCCCUCCUGUGGCGGCGGCGGCAGCAGCAGCUAUCGGGGCUCCUGUGCUACCGGGGUCAGUCCCGGCUCACGCAGCAGCAGCCCUGGCAUCCUACACAGCCAAGAUCUCAUCCUCGGCCAACGGGAUGAAGAAGCCAGAGAGACAGAAGUUUGCUCCGUACUAACAAAGGAGGAGUGCGCUGUCUCUGGUCCCCAGCUGUCAGGGAUUCUCCUUUUUCCU